AUGAUUAAUAAUAAUUGUUUGGGAGUUAAAGAGAUUAGAUAGAAAUGCAAAUCAUUUUUUGAACAAUACUCUAAUAGAUUACAACAAUAGAUAUCUAAAUAAAGAGAUUCCCAAUAAUAUUAAUCACUAUGUUAAUAAGAGGUUAGAAAAUUUGAAAAGAUUUAUAUUAAACCAAAACGAUCUGUAUAAUAUAAUUCUAUUCAAACUGAAUCAAAUUAAAUUGAUAAUUAUAUCUCUUGUCAAAGAAGAUAAAGUACAGAACCUAAAGCUAACUCUAAAAGAAGAAAUCACAUAAUUAAAACUGUAUAAAAUUUAGAAUUAAUUAGUUUUGAUAGAAAAUAUUAAGUUAAUAGGAUUUACAUAAAUCUUGUGAAAUUGAUACAUUCAAUAAUCAAGAAAUUCCUAUAGGAGAUGUUACAAUUUAAUAUCAUUAGAAUUCUGAAAAUCAUAAAACUAGUAUAAUUAAUAAUAAUAAAGAAAAUUAAAAGGAGAAUAAUUUAAGAUUACCUAUCUUAAAGAAAUGUUUAUUUUGUAAAUUAUACAAAUAUAGUAGAAUUUGACAAAUCAGAUAACAAAAAUAAUUAAACUAAAAUAUCAAAAUUUGGUGAAAGUUUUGUUACACCAUUUUUUGGAACUAAAAAACCUAUAUCUUUAGAUAAAAGACCUUGUGAAUUUUAAGGGUUAGUAUAUAAAAGAAAAAAAUGA